AUGGAGUUGCAGACUCUACAGGAAGCUCUUAAAGUGGAAAUUCAGGUUCACCAGAAACUGGUUGCUCAAAUGAAACAGGAUCCACAGAAUGCUGAUUUAAAGAAACAGCUUCAUGAACUCCAAGCCAAAAUCACAGCUUUGAGUGAGAAACAGAAAAGGGUCGUUGAACAGCUUCGGAAGAACCUGAUAGUAAAGCAGGAACAACCAGACAAGUUCCAAAUACAGCCAUUGCCACAAUCUGAAAACAAACUACAAACAGCACAGCAGCAACCACUACAGCAGCUACAGCAACAACAGCAGUACCACCACCACCACGCCCAGUCGGCGGCACCCUCUCCCAACCUGACCGCUUCACAGACUGUAACUACAGCUUCUAUGAUUACCACAAAGACACUACCUCUCGUCUUGAAAGCAGCAACUGCAACCAUGCCUGCCUCUGUUGUGGGCCAGAGACCUACCAUUGCUAUGGUGACCGCCAUCAACAGUCAGAAGGCUGUGCUCAGCACUGAUGUGCAGAACACACCAGUCAACCUCCAGACGUCUAGUAAGGUCACUGGGCCUGGGGCAGAGGCUGUCCAAAUUGUGGCAAAAAACACAGUCACUCUGCAGGUUCAGGCGACACCUCCUCAGCCCAUCAAAGUACCACAGUUUAUCCCUCCUCCUAGACUCACUCCACGUCCAAACUUCCUUCCACAGGUUCGACCCAAGCCUGUGGCCCAGAAUAACAUUCCUAUUGCUCCAGCACCUCCCCCUAUGCUUGCAGCUCCUCAACUUAUCCAGAGGCCUGUUAUGCUGACCAAGUUUACCCCCACAACCCUCCCUACCUCCCAGAAUUCCAUCCACCCCGUCCGUGUCGUCAAUGGGCAGACUGCAACCAUAGCCAAAACGUUCCCCAUGGCCCAGCUCACCAGCAUUGUGAUAGCUACUCCAGGGACCAGACUGGCUGGACCUCAGACUGUACAGCUUAGCAAGCCAAGCCUUGAAAAACAGACAAUUAAAUCUCACACAGAAGCAGAUGAGAAACAAACAGAGAGCCGCACCAUCACUCCACCUGCUGCACCCAAACCAAAACGGGAGGAGAACCCUCAGAAACUUGCCUUCAUGGUGUCUCUAGGAUUGGUAACACACGACCAUCUAGAAGAAAUCCAAAGUAAGAGGCAAGAGCGAAAACGAAGAACAACGGCAAAUCCCGUGUACAGCGGAGCGGUCUUUGAGCCAGAGCGUAAGAAGAGUGCAGUCACCUACCUGAACAGUACAAUGCACCCUGGGACCCGAAAGAGAGGUCGUCCUCCAAAAUACAAUGCAGUGCUGGGGUUUGGAGCCCUUACCCCAACAUCCCCCCCAUCCAGUCAUCCUGACUCCCCUGAAAAUGAAAAGACAGAGACCACAUUCACUUUCCCUGCACCUGUUCAGCCUGUGUCCCUGCCCAGCCCCACCUCCACAGACGGUGAUAUCCAUGAGGAUUUUUGCAGCGUUUGCAGAAAAAGUGGUCAGUUGCUGAUGUGUGACACGUGUUCCCGUGUGUAUCAUCUGGACUGCUUAGACCCUCCUCUGAAAACAAUUCCCAAGGGCAUGUGGAUCUGUCCCAGAUGUCAGGACCAGAUGCUAAAGAAAGAAGAAGCAAUUCCAUGGCCUGGAACUUUAGCAAUUGUUCAUUCCUAUAUCGCCUACAAAGCAGCUAAAGAAGAAGAGAAACAGAAGUUACUUAAAUGGAGUUCAGAUUUAAAACAGGAACGAGAACAGCUAGAGCAGAAGGUGAAACAGCUCAGCAGUUCUAUAAGUAAAUGCAUGGAAAUGAAGAACACCAUCCUGGCCCGGCAGAAGGAGAUGCACAGCUCCCUGGAGAAGGUGAAGCAGCUGAUCCGCCUCAUCCACGGCAUUGACCUCUCCAAACCCGUAGACUCUGAGGCCACUGUGGGGGCCGUCUCCAACGGCCCGGACUGCACCCCCCCUGCCAACGCCGCCACCUCCACGCCAGCCCCCUCCCCCUCCUCGCAGAGCUGCACAGUGAACUGUAGCCCAGGGGAAGAGACUAAAUAA